GGCUGAGCAAGAAGUUACGCAACGAAUUAGCCUUUCAACGUCAUUGUGAGGAAACCUUGAUACGCCAACGGGACAUCCAAGACGGAUGUACAUAUGAUACAAACGAGGAAGAGAAGCAUUUGGGGUGGGUAUUGGCUAGAAUGUUGGUAUGAACGCCUAGGUAUGGACUGAUGUUCCCACCGGAUGCAGAUGUGAAAGGCUUGGACUGCUCGUAGGAAGUCUGAGGUUGGAACUCCCAUCAAAUCAAGGUACGAAGAGAAAACAACUCCCGAGGUUCUGCAAAUGGAAUGUCACUUGAGACAUUCCAGAAUUUCCAUUGUCUUGUACAUUUCAUCCUUGACUUCAUUUUGACUCACACUCAUGGACACUUUAUACUACUGAACAUUGUUAUAUCUCAAUUAACAAAGCCGGUCUUCAUCUUUCUCAGACUGAUGAAGAGAAUUGUCCAUUUAUCCUGAAUCUUUCUUGUUCUCUUGUUGAAUCCCGGUUCGCCAAGAUCUCCCGUCAUGAAAAUGACCCCUCCAUUGGUUGCGGCUUCAUACCCUGAUUGUGAUGAACCUUUGGAUAAAAAUACAUCGAGGCGGAGUUUGGGUUCCGUGCGAGAAAAUAUACCGACUGCGAAUGUGAAUGCGAAUGUGAAUGCGCGUGGUGGGAAUUAUAAGCCGUACGAAGAAGUGAAUGGGAUCAAUGGAAUCAAUGGAAAUACAACCCAUGAGAAAUGCGAUUCGAAAAUAAAAUUUGAGGAUACAACAAAUAGCGAAUUUACUUUCCCUUCGAGAUCUGCGACGACGACGACAACAACAUUGCCGGCAAAUAGAACCCCAACGACUACAAAUCCGAAUCACAAUCGAUCGAAUUCUCGACUACCUCACAGUCGAUCAAAUUCCCAACAUUCACAUCAUCAAUCCCGCGUCAGUGUUUCUAGUAAAGCAUCUUCGAAAUCUCAUCAAGAAUACAUUAAUUCUCUCGUCAUGCCACCGCCCGAGGUUAUCCAAGAAAUCAAUCAUGUUCAAGAAGAAAAAGAAAAAGAAGCGAUCGCGAGACGGUUAAGUGAAGAUCCAAAUCUGAGUGAAGAUGAAAGGAGGAAAGCCGCAGAACUUAUACAGAGAAAUUAUAGAGGACAUAGGGAACGUAGGAUUCUGGAAGGAAAAAGAUUGGAUGUUGGAACUCGAUGGGUGGAAGCGGUUAAGGAGGCUAGGUAUAGAAAUUUGACGACACCUAGAGCGAGAGAUGGUGGAGAGAACGAAGGAGGUAGGAGGAGUUCUGAUGUUGAGGGAGAACCGCCAAUUGACACAGAAGGAAUUGGGAGUUCAGUGGCAACGUCACAAAAUCGAACCUCUCACGCUCGAGAAAACUGGAAGAAAAUUGGCAUGAUAGCUCGAAGAGCAGGUGGAGAUGAGGAAUCGGAUGAAGAGAGCGAUGGAGAUUCUGGAGAUCUAAAUGAAGAAGAACGUGCCGCGAGACGAAAACGUCGGAUGGAAGAAAAGGCUGCAAGACAAAAAGCAGCGAAGAUAAUGGACUUGCAAUAUUUUCUUGAAAUGGUCGAUCUGAAACAUAGGUAUGGUUCAAACCUUCGUACGUAUCAUGGGGAAUGGAAAAAAGCAAAUACGAAUGAGAAUUUCUUUUAUUGGUUGGAUUAUGGAGAGGGAAGAUUUAUUGAUUGUCAAGGUUGUCCGAGGGAAAGGUUGGAUAGGGAACAAGUAAGAUAUUUGAGCAAGGAGGAGAGAUUGGAUUACUUGGUCAAGAUUGAUGGAGAUGGAAGAUUACGCUGGGCUAAGAAUGGUGAAAGGAUUGAUACGACAACGGAGUGGAGAGAUAGUAUGAAAGGAAUCGUGAGAAAUGACGACGAUACGCCUGUUUUUACGCCAUUAAGAGGCGAAGCAGAUAAUGAAGGGGAAUCCGACAGUGAAAGUUCCAGCGAUGAAUCUCCUCUUCAUCAUCAUUCACAUACACACAUCCAUACACAGCCUCAAACUCAAGAACAAAGGCUCGAAGCCCAACAGGAAGAAUCUCGCGCCUCUAAAUACGCAUCUCCCGAAUAUGAUAACGCACAAGGCAUGAAGAAGGUUUCCCAUAUGUCCGCAUCUACCAUCUUCAAUAAACUCCUUCGUGGUUCGGUCAAGAAGAAUACGUGGAUUUUUGUAGCUGAUACUUCGUUUCGUCUUUAUGUUGGAAUUAAGCAAUCUGGUGCAUUUCAACAUUCUUCUUUUCUUCACGGAAGUCGAAUUAGUGCAGCCGGGUUGAUCAAAAUAAAAGAUGGAAGAUUGACAAAACUCAGUCCAUUAAGUGGGCAUUAUAGACCUCCUGUCUCCAAUUUUCGCGCUUUUGUCAAAAAUCUCAAAGGAGAAGGUUGUGAUAUGGGAAGAGUAAGCAUUUCGAGAUCGUAUGCGGUAUUAGUGGGACUAGAAGCAUAUGUGAAGACGAGGAAGAGAGCAAAGAAAGUGGUGGGGAAAGUGGUGAGGAGGAGAGACAAAAUGUUAGAUAAGGAGGAGGUGAGAAGGAGAGAAGAGGAUGCAAUAGAUAAGAGCGAGAGUGCUGAAAAGGAGAGAAGAUUUUUAGAGGAAGAGGAGAGGAGGAAAAGGGAGGAGAGAAGAUUUUUGGAUAGGGUUGUGGGGGGUAGAUUGAGGGGAUUGAGUUUGGGAAGUAGAGAUGGUGGGAACGCGGCGAGUUCUGCUGAGAUGACGACACAGAGAACGCAUACGAGGAAUGCUUCAACUGGGGGAACUGGGCAUAAUAUAAUUCCUGCGGUGGAUAAAGGCAAGGGAAAAGAAACGGAAAGGGAAAAAGAGGCAGAAAUAAAUGUCCCGGGACAAGGCCCCGAAAACGCUAUUCCGCCGCAAGGAAUAAGGGAAGAAUGAUCGGAUGAACUUAUGAAUGCAGGAAUCUGCGAAUGAACCUAGCAAUGAGCUUUGGAGGAAGAUUGCUAGAUAUCGACUGGCUUUAAUUGAAAGUGGAUAGGUAGAUGUGCUUUUGGGUUAUUUUAGCUUGCGGGAUAAUUAUUUUGGAUGAGAUGUGGAUGUGGGUGUAGAUGCUUGGAUAACGUUAAGCAACUUCGAAAGCUUGAGAGGAGGAUGAUUGAGUGUACCUAGUAUGGAGGUAUAUAAUGUGCGAUAUGAUACCCUUUAUAGAAUUCAAAGAUAUUAAAAGUCAUUUCUGAUCUGGAAUUCAAAGA